AUGAGCGACCCCAUUGACGAGCCUAUCAAGCAGGCAGCGGAUGAGUUUGAAUCAGACGAAACCCGAGGGCAGCAUCAAAAACGAAGAGAUUCUGGAGAUCUUGGAGAAGAACGCGACUACACAAAUCCGAAUCGGUAUUGGUUCGAAUCAACAGCAUGUCCUCUCAUUGCGGGUACAUUCGGGCCCAUGGCUUCCGCCUUUUCCAUAUGCGCCUUGUCUUCCAGUUGGAGAGUGUACAUACCGCCUGGAGGUACUGUGAAUAAUUCAACUACCAUCGACGACCCAAAAUGGUUACUUGCAAUCAACGCCGUCUCACUAGUUCUCGCUCUCCUCGCGAAUGGAGCUUUGCUACUCAACAUGGCCCAUCGUCUGAAGUUCUCGAUAGCCCAACCGAUCACUAUUGUUGGCUUCGUUGUCUCUUCUGGACUUCUGAUUGCGGAUCUUGCUGCUCUGACCGUAUCUCACACCUAUCAGCUUCCUGCCAAUUCUCCUGCGGCACCUGCUGCUCACCAUGCUUUGACGUCCGCUUUCUACUAUGCGAUCAUGGCUGCUGCCAUCUAUCUCAUCAUUGCCAUUCUCAUGUGUUUGACGGUUUACGGUGCUUGGAAAGGGCACUAUGCAAGACAGUUCAAUCUGACAGCAGCACAGCGAACCUUGAUGCUGCAGACAAUGAGCUUUUUCACAUACCUCCUGCUCGGUGCUCUGAUCUUCAGCCAUGUCGAGAAGUGGGAAUACCUGGACGCCGUAUAUUGGGCAGAUGUGACGCUGCUUACUGUCGGUCUCGGAGACUAUUCACCAAGCACACAUACCGGUCGAUCUCUGUUCAUCCCAUACGCCAUCGGAGGCAUUGUGAUCCUCGGUCUGGUCGUCGGCUCAAUCAGAACCCUAGUCCUCGAACGCGGCCAAAAGAAGAUCUCCGCCAGAAUGAUGGAGAAGAAGCGCCUUCGAGCCGUCAAUAGCGUUGGCGAUGGGCGAAAACGAAUCCGGGUCAGCCGUUUCCAAAGCAUGAAGUUUGUUGAGAGCUACACCAAUGCUGCUCAGAAGAGAGAGCAAGAAUUUAAGGCAAUGAGAUUGGUUCAGGAUUGUGCUGAGAGAGAUCGCAAGUGGAUCGCUUUGGCUGUGUCUACGACGGCUGCUUUUACAUUGUGGCUGGUCGGUUCUGCUAUUUUCCAUGUGGCGGAGAGGGAUCAGGGGUGGACUUAUUUUCAGACGAUGUACUUUACGUACGUGUGUCUGCUCACGAUUGGCUACGGAGACUUUACACCAACGGCAAACUCUAGCAAAGCCUUCUUCGUCUUGUGGUCACUCCUAGCCGUUCCGACCCUCACGAUCCUCAUCUCAGACAUGGGCGACACAGUAGUGCAACUGUUCUCUAACGCAACAGAGUAUGUUGGUUCUCUGACCGUUCUUCCCUCUGAACAAGGCAUUAGAGUCGCCCUGAACAAAGCCUGGCGCACCCUCACAAAAACACAUCCAAUCCGCCAUAGCCAUCAUGACUUGCAUCCCGGUGGUGUAACGCAGACAGAAGGCGCAGAGGGUGAAGAUGGAGAUGAACACCUCACAAUGACAGACCGUAUAGCCGACCGCAUGGCCAAACACCUGGAAGCCGAAGAACUCGACGACGCUCUCUCCGCCGAACAAGCUGGCGAUUUCGAGGAACGCGACAUCCACUUCUACAAUUUCCUUCUGGCGCGUGAGACACAAAGAUUACUCAAAGAUCUCAAUGCAUCCCCGCCCAAACGCUACGAAUGGGGAGAAUGGGAAUACUUCCUGAAACUUAUGGCGAAUGAUGCGGACGCCACUGAUUUGAAUGGUGAUGUCUUGGUGCCUGAGGAAUUGAGGUUACCAGAAACCAGAGAAGAGUGGAAGAAGAAACAUGUCGACCAUAGGUGGUCGUGGUUGAGUAGGGCCAGUCCUUUGAUGGGACACAAGUCUGAAACAGAAUGGAUACUGGAAAGACUGGGAGCAUGUUUGGAGAGAGAGUUGAGAGAGUCGAGACUGUUGCCGUAUCGGACCAGAGAAGAGAGGAGGAAGCCUCCUGUGAGUAUGGCUGAUAUGAUAAGGAGAGGAAGGAACAAGCAGCAAGGAGAAGACAACUCAUGA